UUCAUACAUCUUGUUCAUCGUAUGGCUACUUCUCAAGGGAAACCUACUUUCAUCAACAACGAUUCCCCCUUACCGACCCAUGUGGAAGUAGAAGAAGAAGAGGAACGAGGCAAUCUCUAUGAGUACCAAGACCCCGUUUCUGCUGAUGGGUGCGGGUGCGGCUGUUUCAGGCUCUUUGGCUUCAACUCUGGUUGGAGCCACGACAACAACGAAGAUGGGCAUCUAUUCCAGGCGAGAGGAGAGAGGAUAAACACAUGGUGGGUGAAGAAACUGAAAAAGGCGAAGGAGUUCUCUGAGGUAUUGGCUGGGCCCAAGUGGAAGAACUUCAUCAGGAAAUUGGGUGGAUAUUUCAAUAACAAGAAGAAUAAGAAGAAUCGAUUUCAGUAUGAUGCAGAAAGCUAUGCUCUGAAUUUCGAUGAUGGUGGUGAUUUUGAUACAGAAGAAGAUGGUCUGCUUCCUUCUUCCUCCAGGUUUCCUCCUCAUUUUCCCCAGCAACCACCACGACCUGGAUCAUAACAUAUCACUCCUGAUGGUAUUGGAUUCAACC